AUGCCGUACGCAUACCCGCCGCGCAGCCCGCCGCUCUCCGUCGCGACGGCGCCGCACCCCGGCCCCGAGGCGCUGGCGCUGGACUUCGCGGGCGUCGCGCUGUGCCCGAGCCCCGCGACCGCGCUCUCGUGCUCGUACCAGAGCUCACACGUGCUGCCCGCGUCCCCGCGCGACUCGCCCCUCGACAGCGGGCCGGCGUUCCUGAGCUCGCCGCUGGAGAUAGCCUGCCACGGGCUCGACUACGACGACGAGGACGACCGCGCGCCGCUUCUCGGACCGGGAGCGGGACCGGCCGAGGACGGGCUGCCACCCAGCAGCAGCCCCGGGACGCGUGCACGCCGGCUGUUCCCGCACGCGACGCGGAGCGUCUUCCUCGGGACGUCCCGCGCGGCGAGUAUCCGCGCGGCCCUCGCGUUCCGCCCGCGGCGCCGCGCGUGCACCGUCGACGACGCCCUCCCCCUCCGCGCCGUGCAGCACAGCCCUGGCCCCGCCCCCGACGGCAUUAGCAAGACUCACGUGCACGCCCACUCGGACGGCGGCAUGCGCGCAGAGUCCCCGCACACGUGGCGCGCGUUUGGUCUGCGGCGCCACGCGACCCUGCCCGUCUUCGUCUUCGGCGCCGUCCCGGAGGAGGCGGUGGCGCCCGGGCCGGGGCCGGCGGGCGGCUUCCGCGGGACGGACCAGCGUCCUCGCAAGGCGCGCACAAGCAAUUCAUCCUGGGGCGACCAGUUCCGGCUGCGCGAGAGCAUCUCGCCCGCGGCGUUCGGCGCGGCGACCGGCGCAGAGGAGCUCGCCGAGUUGGACGAGCCGGUGCGCGAGGCGCUGUACGUCAACGCGGCGCUCAGAGCGCGCGGGCUGGCCUACGAGCCCGUGGUGCCGCCUGCGAGUGCCCGGACCGACGACUCGGAGCACGUGAGCGCCAACCUGGGCGUCCGGCGCAAGUACCCAGUCCGCGUGUCGUCGCUGGGGCAGCUCGUCAACCACGACAUCGCGGCGCUGCACGUGGCGCUGGAGGAGGUGCUCACCGAGACGAGCCAAAUCACGUCGACGCCGUCGCUGCAGGCGAGUGCGCCGAGACCGCAAAGCCAGAGCCGCGCGCUGCCGACGCCGCCGUUGAAGCUUGUGACAGGGUCCAAGUCGCGGCAGAAUGUGACGCCGCUGCGCGCGGCGCGCUCCGUGCCGAACUUCCGGUCCGUCUAG